AUGUUGAAAAUCAAGAAACUGAUCAAGAGUCUUGAUUCUGCUAGAGGGAACGGAUACGGUACAGCGUCCAACAUCACAUCCCGAGUCAAUCGUCUCUCCGUCCUGGCAACCAUCAUCAAAACCCAACAGCGCCUCAAGCUCUACAACCGAGUCCCUCCCAACGGCCUCGUGUUCUUCGUCGGCACGAUUCUAACAGACGAAGGCAAGGAAAAGAAGGUCUCAUUCGAUUUUGAGCCUCACAAGCUUGUUGACACGUCCCUCUACCUCUACGACAAUAAAUUCCACACCGAAGCCCUCUCAGAACUUCUCAAGUCCGAUUCUCGCUUCGGGUUCAUCGUCAUGGACGGAAACGGCACUCUUUUCGGGACGCUCGCAGGGAACACCCGCGAGGUCAUCCAUAAAUUCACCGUCGACCUCCCCAAGAAGCACGGUCGAGGAGGUCAGUCCGCGUUGCGUUUCUCUCGUCUUCGUGAUGAGAAGAGAAACAACUACGUCAACGUCACGGGCCUCGUGUUAGCAGGAAGCGCGGAUUUCAAGACGGAGCUCGGUCAGAGUGAUAUGUUCGAUUUGAGAUUGGGGGCUAAAGUUGUGGAUAUUAGAUUGGUGAUUUGUGGGGGGGAUCGUGAGUCUCUUGCGAACGUCAAGUUUGUGCAGGAGAAACGGCUCAUCCAAAAGUACUUUGAUGAGAUUAGUCAGGAUACGGGUAAGUACUGCUUUGGUAUCAAAGACAUGCUCAAGGCUCUCGAACUUGGAGCCGUCGAGACUCUGAUUGUAUGGGAGAACCUUGAUAUUACGCGUUACAUUCUCCGUAAUGCCGCUGGAGAGGAAAUCGUCAUCUACCCCAACAAAGAACAAGACCAAGGCCGUACCAAAUUCCUCGACAAAUGCACCGGCCUCGAAAUGGAACAAUCCGAAGAACCAUUCUCACUGUUUGAUAGCGAUCCAGAGAAGAGCAGAUUCAAUUUCAUCGAAACUGGAGCCCCAAACUCAUCAGAUCCAUUCAUGAAAGAUCAACGAGCCGACUUGUCACCAUAUGCUCAGAUGUCUUAA